UCUGCCUGCACACGACGCUGCCAGACCAUUAUUGCCGCCGAGAGGAUGAAGGACGGCGAACAUGACACCUACGUGAACACGUCGAACCUAUUCAUCGGUAUCGGCAUCUGCUUGAUCGGGUCUACGAUCUCCAACUUUGGCUUGAACAUUCAGAAGUACUCCUUCAUGCUGCAACAGCAUCUUCCAGACCACGAACGUAAACCGUACAACACGCAAUGGCGAUGGUGGCUUGGGUUUGCCGGCGUCGGGAUUGGGUCCGUCGCGGACUUUGCCGCGCUGUCGUUUGCCGCGCAGAGUAUCAUCAUGCCCAUCGGCGCGUUCACGUUGGUGUGCAACAUUUUCUUUGCGCACUACUGGCUCAAGGAGAAGCUCACACGGAACGACCUGAUUGGAACAGUCCUCAUCUGCAUUGGGGCGGUAGUCGUAACGAUCUACGGCUCCCACGAAAACGUCGAGUACACGUUGGAGAUCCUUAUCCACCUGUACUACCGCUGGGACAUGCUCAUCUACUUGAUCGUGAUCAUCGCGGUCGUGUGGGUGUUGAUCGGCAUGCUCAAGCGCGCCGAGCUCGUGCUCAAGAAGAAGGGUCCGGCGUCGCUCGAGUACAAGGCGGUGCUGAAGCUCCAUCCGCUGACGUACGCGGGGCUCGCGGGGGUGUUUGGCGCGCAGUCGGUCAUGUUUGCCAAGAGUUCGGGCGAGCUGCUCAAGCAGACACUGCGGGGCGACAACCAGUUUGACAAGUUCCUCACAUACGUCAUCAUCGUGGCGCUGGUGAUCACCAUCUCCCUGGAAACCCACUGCCUCUCGCUCGGACUCAAGUACUUUGACGCACUGUACAUUGUGCCGGUGUUCCAGUGCUUCUUCAUCACGUUCUCCGUGAUUGGCGGCGCCGUCUACUUUGAAGAGUUCAAAGACUUCACCAUGACUCAGUGGAUUGUCUUUCCUAUCGGGGUGCUCAUCACGAUUGCCGGCGUCAUCGUGCUCUCUUCCCGGGACAUGGCACAUGACGCGGGCGCGCCGGCAGAGCCCGCAGCGCCGCCGCCGCCGCCGUCGACGGACACGGUGGGUGAGUUCAACCUCCAGACCAGCCGGGUGGACCUGCAGCGUCGCAACUCGGGCUCGUUUACCAACAGCUUUCGUGUGUUGGAGCCGGAGUUUUGCCCUGCAGCCAACCCGGCCCAGCUGCUGUCGCGGUCGUCGUCGGUGGGAGGCGUGUUCUACUCGACACAGAGCGUCGUCAUGUCGUCGCGGACCAACUCAACAGACUUUUUGGCGAUGCAAGACGCCGGCACCGAAAUGACCGACAUCUCAAGGCCGCCGGUGGCGCUUAUGCUGCCUGCUGCUGCUCUGUCGUCGGCGACUGCCACACAUGGUAUCUCUGGAGACGAUGUCUCUGUGAAGGUUGUGGCAGAUGUCAGCACCGGGACGAACACGACCUCGGAGUUUAGUGUAGCCGAAGUGGGAGCAGUGCCGCCGCCGCACCAGUAGCUUUUACCAGUAUUGCAGGAAUUGAGAACAUUGUAAUAACUUUAUAUAACACAACU